AUGAUCUGUGGUACCCAGAUCAAAGGUCCUGCCAGCAGUGCACCAAGCCCUCCUCUUGGCAGGAAGCAGCAGACUAGAGCAAGUGAGGGAGAGUCGAAGCUGGCGGGGGGGUUUUCCCAGACAACAGCCUGUCCCGUGCUGCUCCCUGCCAGCCCCAAAUCAGGAGUCCCCCCACCCCCGCACCACCGUGUUUCUAGUCCUGAGAGUGAUGGGCUGGGGGAUGGAGGCUCUGAAAAUUCCACGCAGGGACUGCCCAGUUUUAGCAAUGAAAGUCCCAUGUCACGGGAAACCUCUGAGUCCUGGACAAAUUAAGAUGACAUUUUCUAUGCAUAUGCAAGCAUGUCACCAGGAGCAGAGCACAGAGGGACAACACAGCUUUUGCGCUUCCAGCUGGCUCCCAUCAAGAAGUUAGAAGGGAGCCUGCAAACACAUUUCCUGCUAUCAUCUCUCCACCCCAGAAUGACUUUCCCUGGUAGAGCUGGGGGAGGGGAGGCGGGCAGCAGGCCCCCCAGGAGGCCCUGGGCAGGAAUAUUAAUACUCCAACUUCCCAGCACAAGAGGAGGGAGGAGGAGCGGCCACGGCGCAGUCCGGUCCUGGGGGCCCUGGAAGGUGGUUGCUGAGCAGCCCGUGGGAGGCACGGAUCCGCCAGCUCACGGCGGCAGGGGCCGCCCAAGUCCUAAUGAAAACACCUAGCUCCUGGCAGGGCGCAGCCGACACAUCGCCCUGCCUUCUCGGCCACCUGGGAGAGGAUGGGCGCCGCCCGCGGAUACCCAACCUGCCGGGUUGUGCUCGCAGUGACAUCGCUUUUCUCCCGGCAAGUGCAUCCAUCUCGCUGGGUCUGGAUAGAUAACACAAUCUCUCUGCCCACACCCCAUUUGCGGGGAGACAGCCUGGGCUUCUCCAUUUUUUAUGGGCUCACUUAGCUUGGAGGAAAUCCAGAGGUCAAAGCCGGCGCAGACGCUCCAGUCACCUUGCCCGUCCGGGCGCGCAGCCAUUCCGAAACGGGCUCACCCACGGGGCCCUAAAUUACGGCGAUUACACUGCAAUUCGCAGCGCGAUAUUACUUUGAUACACUACCUGCUGCAGCUUGGCCCGGGAGGCGUGCAUUAUUUACCAGGGAGGCUGUCCGUACUGCGCACCAGAGCUGACAGCGCUCCGCGGGGUCCCUCCUGUCCCUACAGCCCCGCCUUCGCCCGCGGUGCGGGGUCUGGAGGCGGUGGGGCGGGGGCGGGGGGUCAUUGGAGCAGCCCGGCUCUCUCGGAGUGACCGUUUCCUGAACGCAAUAUAGCCCGGAGAGGACCCAGUGGCGGAAGCGGCAGCUGGCGAUGAGGUUGGGGGUUAGUAGGUGGGAACAAGUGCUGAGCCCGCAGCUCCUCCUGGCUCUUAAGGACACCCAGACCCUCCUUAGCCGGCCUAUAAGGGCCCUUGUUGCGCGCGCGCAGGGACCCACACAGAGGGCCUGCCCAGGGGUGCAAGGCUGGUCCCUGGCCCCUGGCCAACUGUUAAAACGGCUAGCAGCCGGCUAACCCCACCGGCAGGCUCCAGGAUUUAGCCUGUGGCGGCUGGUGGCGGAGAUGGAGGGAACUCAGGCUACCCUCUUCCUCGGGCCCUGGAAGCUGCGUGCGCCUCAGCUGAGGCCUGAUUUCGCCGUGGCUGGGGGCUGGGGCCGGAGUUGGGCCCGGCUUCUCUCCGGCUCCCCCAUUAUGGUUUUGCAUCAGCAUCUAGAUUGCAGGUUACUUCUGCUUUUAUCCAAAGCGGUCCUUAAGGGAGAUGGAGUUCUGAUUGAAAUCCAGUCAAUUGGCGCCGUGGCUCAGAGGGCCCAGCGUGAGCACACUUGUAGGGAAAUUGCCCUGGGUCUGAGA